UUUUGACGUACACUGAUAUACGUACACGGAACCUGGGUUGUAAACAAAACGGACAAUCACAACUUUCCUUUUCUGAGCCAGACUAUACAAAACAAAUAGAGACCAGAGUCGACCAGAGUUUCUUAGAGGUUACAGACGUCUGGUAGUGUUUCAUGAAGUGCCAGCUCACUACCAUAGGAAGACGCACUGUGGUGUUGUAGGCCUGCAGACACGAUUGCAGCCAACAUGUCAAGGAAACAGACACAUAAAUCUGUGCGGAGCAAUAAAAAGAGUGAACUGGAGCGCAAGAGGGAUGAAAGGGCAGCACGCCGGGCCAUCGCGAAAGACCGCAAGAACCGCCCUCAGGAUGACGAUGAAGGUGCGGAGUUUGUCAGUUUCUCCAAUCAGCUCCAGGCACUGGGGCUCAAGCUGAGAGAAGUCCCUGGAGAUGGGAAUUGCUUGUUCAGAGCUCUAGGUGACCAGUUAGAGGGUCACUCCCGGGGCCACCUGCGUCUUCGCCAGGAGACCAUCGAAUAUAUGACAUCCCAUCGACAAGACUUUGAACCUUUCGUCGAGGACGAUGUCCCUUUUGCACAGCACUUGGCCAAUCUUUCUCAGCCUGGUACUUUUGCUGGCAACGAUGCGAUUGUGGCAUUUGCUCGCAGUCAACAGGUGAAAGUGGUCAUCCAUCAGCUCAACACUCCGCUGUGGGAGAUCAACGGUUCAGAGAAGCAGGUGUGCAGAGAGCUACACAUUGCCUACCGCUAUGGAGACCAUUAUGACAGUGUGAGACGGAUUGGAGACAACUCCGAGAGUCCUGCUCAGCUCCGCAUAGAAAGUCUGCAGAAUUCACAUGGCCAGCAGCGCGAGUUUGGGGACGGUCAGAGAGACAGGCAGAAAAAGCCUUCUCCUACAGUAUCAGAGGAGGAUGACGUGAUCCUGAGCUCCAUCAAGAAUCGAGGGAUCCAGGGUGAUGAGGAGAACUUACUCCAGCUGAGUGCGGCGACAAUCAAUGCUGAGUGGCUCGUCGGCUCUGCGCUGGGCCAGUCUUGCCAGGGCCAGUGUGCCUCGGGAGCCUGCUCAACCUGCAGAGCUGCAGCCGCACAUGGCAGUGGCCACAAGCAGGCAGCAGAGGGCAGCAAUGUUCAAAAAUCCAAGGUAUCCAACAAGCAGAGAAAAGAGCAGCAGCGGCUUGAGAAAAAGAAGCGUCAGGAGGAGAGGCAUCGACAGAAGGUCCUCCAGAGUAAAGGAAGCCAGGAUCAGAACCAGAACCUGCCAGAUGCUGUUACUUUAGUACCAGCUCUCAACACACUCAGUAUAUAGACUGGAGCAUGGCCAAAAUAAAAACCUACUGCUAUUCUAGCUACUGGUGGCUGUCCACAGAAUUUUGCACACAGUCCAAUUUCAGUCACAUCGGAUGACUUUUCCUAAGGAGAACCUUCUAGUAUCUUUGCAAACAGUUUAACGGUGCCUGUGAACUGGUGCGUGUGAGAUGGGUGAAUGGUGUCAAAGGCGAGUGAAAGAGCAUGACUAUCAGUGUUUCUGUUGGAUUUUUUUUUUUUUUUUUUUUUUAAAUUCAGUUCCAUGCAUUCCUGGUGUUGGUGUAUGUAGAAACUCCUCAGAUGUGGUCUACCUACUACGCUAUCUAGCUCCUUUCUAUGCUGGACAUCAGGCUUUUCAUGACAACCAUGCAGACAAUCUUGCACAGCCAGGCUUUUUGAUUUGCCACAGAUUGAGUUUCUUCUGAUGUUCGUUCUGUCUGUGUUCAAAGAAUGAAGUAGAGGGGCAGACAAAAUGAUUGUUAUACACACUGUGUAAGGAAUGUGGCAAUAAAUAAAUCAUAAUUUACCUUUUUUUAUGUGUGAACCCAGUAGUGCAUUACAUGCUAUCCAGGGUGACAUAUUAUAAAGGAGGCUUUUCAAAUUAGAGGUUCGUGAGUUAAGUAAGUUUGACAGUCCCUUCAGGUGAUGUUUGAAGAUAUUAGUGAAUUUCUUCCCCUUUUUUAUAUUGUUUUCUGGCACUGAAGGAAAUUAGGUAACUUUAACAGACAUAAAGGAACAAUGCUGAAGCUUCUCUUUGAGCUCUACUUUCAGCUGCCCCUUUAUUCACAAGAGGUAGAAACUGGAUUGGUACUUAUAUGGCACUUUUCUACUCUGAGCAGUCAAAGCAUUUUUUACUUCAAGCUUCAAGUUGGGCGAAACGUGAGGUUCAGCAUCUUGCCCAAGGAUACCUCAGCACACAGAAUGGAGUAGCCGGGGAUUGAAUCACUGACGCUCCGAUCGGUAGACAACCUGUUCUACCUCCUGAGCCCUUGCUCCACAUGUUUAAGUUUGCAGAGUUUUUACACCUGAUGCCCCUCCUGAAGCAACCCCAAAGGGAAUUGUGUCUCCUCCUGGAAUCACACUGGGGAUCUUUUGCUUGUUAGACAAAUUUGUAAACCAGUACUGUAGCUUCUUGAUAUAUAAAGCAAACAGAAAUCCUGUAUUUGAGUCUAUUUAUUGACAUUUUUCCAUCCCA